UCACUUGUUCAAAAUCACAUAAUCUUUUAUCAUUUCUCCCAAAAACGCCCCAAAAUUCUUGAACCCUAUCCUCCCUCGUUAUUUCCCCAUUCUCGAUCUAGUUAUCUUAAUUCAUAACCGCCUCCACUCGCCUCCGUUCUUCGCCACCUUCACUCCUGUUCCGUGCAAUUAGGGUUUCAACCGUCCUUUCUGUCGUAUUUUUUUUCGAGAAUCGACGCCGGUUACAUUGAAAGAUUCAAUUUGAGGGCUUUUGUAUUGAAUGUUGAUCUGAGGUUGGUGUUUUGUUUUUUAUUUUGACCGGUUAGGAUUUUUUGCGUUUGAGUUCUCGUAGUGGGGCUCCGGUGAUGCCGCGAAGUUCAAGGCACAAAUCCAGCAAGCAUAGUUCUAGGGAUUCUAAGGACUACUCGGAUUCGGAGAGAGAAUCGGGCUUAAAGGAGGAGAAAAAUACUAAGGAGAAGAGCAAGCCUGGAUCCGGUGAGAAGAGAAAGCUCGACUCCAAGGAUACCAGCAAAGACGUUUGGAUUUCGGGGAAUGGAGAUUAUUUGGAGGAGUACAGUUCCUCAAAGCGCCGCAGAGAGAAGGUGGAUGAUGGAGCAAGUGACCGGUGGAAUGGCAAUGAAGACGAUGGUAAAGGCGAGAAGAAGUCCAGGACUUCAAGUGAAUCGAAGAGUAAAAGACGAGAGGAUGCAGAAGGAGAUGAUACAAAGAGGAGUAGAAGUGAGGGGAGGUAUCGAGAAUCCAGUAGAAGGGAGGAAAGGGAGAGAGAAAAGAAAGGUAAAGAAGGAAAGUGUUAUAGGCCAAUUGAGAGCGAGGAACACCGCCCUGUGAGACAAUCCGCUGAAAGAAAUGAUCAAUUGAAAAGUCCUGAAUCAGAGAGCCAGCUUGAUAGACGAUUUAGGAAAAGGACAAAUGCUUCGGGUGAUGGGGAUAAGUGUCUGGAAGAUAAUGGAGACUUGGACGGACAGUUUUCUGUAAGCAAUGGUACUGGCAAAGAUGGCAGAGUGAAAGAUGAGAAGCAUAAGGAUGAAACAUACAAGGAUAAGUAUCAAGAAGACAUGGACUGUGAAGACAAAUGGCAAGGUGAUAAGUUGAGAGAUGAUCCAUCAGCAAGUGAACAUGGUAAUUGUAAGUCUAGUGAGAAGCAUUUAAGGGAUGGAAAAGAUGAUGUGAAAGCUCGGCAGAAGUCCAAGACUCAAGAUUGUGACUUUGAGUGUGAUCGUGUCCAUGAUAAAGAGCGUGAUCGUGAACGUUAUAGAGAGCGAGACAUGGGACGCGAGCAUGAACGUUAUCGUGACCAUUAUCGAGAACGUGACCGUUACCGUGAUCAUGACUAUGAUCGUGAUUAUGAUUCUCAAUGGGACCGAGACCGAGAACGUGAUCGACGUAACAGUGAUCGUGACAAGGAUAGAGAUUGUGACCGUGUUGAACAUGAUGAACGGAGGAGUGCUAGAUACAAAGAUAGUAAGGGAAGGAAGCGAUCUCCUGAUGAUGGUACUGAUACAAAAUGUAGAGGUGCCAAAGUACAUUAUUCUGACAUGGAAAAUAAAUCGAUUUCUGGUCGACUUGAGGGAGAUGCUGAUAGGGGAAGGUCUCAGUCACGUCCAGCCAAUUUAGAUGCAGUUAUGGGUAGCAGCAGAAGGAGGGCUUCUCCCAGCUCAAGUUCCCACGGUGGGACUGAUGGGUAUAGGCAUUUGAAACAAGACGAUUUGAAUUAUAGAGAUCCAAUGACGGAGCAAGCAGCUUCAUCAAGAGAGGUUACUAAUUUUUCUAAAACAUCCGAGAGAGGUGCUAGGUACAGAUCCACAGAGAAAUCAAGUAGGGUGGAUGAGGGCCACUAUGGGGAGUUUGAGAGGUCCUCAAGUUUAAAAGUAUCCCCAGUGAGUAGAAGUGGUGUUAGGCGGGGUAUUGAUAUAGAUGAGACUGGAUGGAGCAGUGCUUCUGUUGGUGGCAGAGAAGAGGACAAUAGACUUUGUCGAGACUUACACCCCGAGAAGCUUCUUUUGGAUGGAUCCUCUCAAGCAGAUUCUGUGUUUUAUAAUAGAGCUGGUCAAGGCAGCUUAUCUUUGAAUCCUCAGCCAUCUGGUCUAAGAACUAGAGUUGGCAGCCCUUCUUUCACAGGUUCUCCAGAAGAAGAUAAUAGAUUCAAUAAUAGUGGCCGUUACAAGAGGAGUGGUGAUCUGAAUGUUAGAAGAGGGCAUGCAAAUGCUUGGAGGGGUGCCCCAAACUGGCCACCACCUGUUCCAAAUGGUUUCAUCCCAUUCCAGCCUGGGCCACCCCAUGGUGGUUUUCAAGCUAUGACGCCACAAUUUCCUUCUCCAUCUCUGUUUGGUGUUAGACCCUCAAUGGAAGUUGAUCACUCUGGGAUUGCGUAUCACAUACCUGAUGCUGAAAGGUUUAACAAUCAUAUGCGUCCUAUGCGCUGGCAGAAUACGAUGGAUGGCUCUGUUCCUGCUCAUUUUCAUGGUCACAAUGUUAUUUUUAGGGAUGAAGCGCAUAUGUUCAGGAGUUCUGAGUGGGACCAGAACAGGCAUCCAGUAAAUGGUCGAGGAUGGGACACCAGUUCAGGUGUGUGGAAAGGACAAAAUGCUCAUGUUGACAUCCCCUCAACAUCUCAGAAAGAGGACCAUCCACUGCAGGCUCCUCUUGAUGAUGUUUAUGACGGACAGGAUUGUCAGAGGUCUCGAUAUAAGACUGACAGUGAUGGUGUUCAGGUGAAAGGUCUUGAAACAAGAUCUGAUGUCAUGUCACCAGUUAAAGAAUCUUCUAGGAUUUCACCUGAGAUUCCACACAAUGCACCUGAUUCUUCCAAAACAUCAAGCGAAGAUCAUGAUGCCCGUUUUUGUCAGGUUUAUCUUUCUAAGCUUGACAUUUCAGCAAAACUAGCUGGUUCUGAGUUAUAUGACCAGUGUAUGGGUUUACUGAAUGCGGAGAAAAGUAAAGAUUUGGCUAAAGAUGUAAAAAUGCUUGUGAAGUUGAAGCGCACGAUCAGUGCAAAUGCCUCCAUUCCUGUGUCGAGCCCUUCACUCAUUCCUACAACUAAUGCUUCUGUUUUUCAGAAAGCCAUGGCCAUCUACAAGAAACAGAGGCUUCAAAUGGGUGCUAUCCCAAUUGUCAAUGAUGGAAUGUUUGCAUUUACUUCAGCAUCCAAGGAGAAGGGGAAGGAGCAAAGUUCUGAUCAUGUUGUAGGCGAAGCAGAGGAACCAGUUUCGAUGCUUGAUUCGGAAAUGAUGCCAGAUUCAGUUCAGCAGAAAGCAGAAGCUGUUCCAAUCGCUACAUCUGUCGAGAAUGUGGAACAGCUAGCUUCAAUGCAAGGGGAGUUACCAUAUCAUUUGAAUAGCCUCUCUCCUGAGAAAUCAGAGCAGCCAAAUACUGUUUUUGGUCGAAUAAACAUAGAGGUGCCUGAGCCUAAACCAGUUUCGGAUGGUGAUAAGGCGGAAGAGAGGGAGUGUGAGCAGAUGAAUUCAGGGGAUGUAGUUGGAGGUUCUGUACGGUCGCUUGAUGGGGAAAAUUCAAAUGAUAUAAACAAAACUGAAGGUAAUAGUUCUGUAUACUGUGCCAAUGAAAGAGAGACUUUUGGUGAUGCAGUUAGUUGUCCUUUAAAUGAUUCUCCUAAAGAAUUAGAGAAUCAGAUUCCGGACCAAUUGAGUCGGCAUCCUUGCAUCUGUUCUAUAUCUGUCGAUGUUGUCAACCCGAUCCGAUCCCCCCUAGUGUUCGGAAAGGGGUACUCGAGACCCAUGAAUUUGCCUGCAAAUAGCAAGGUGCAGACGUAA